CCCAGAACAUCCACCACAGCGAAACUUUUGAAGCAUGGCGGCAGAACAUCGUAUAACAGAAUCCAAUCCUAUUCGCCACCUUGGACACAUGGACUACGAGCGAUGUGCUGCCCUGCAUAACGAACUCCUUUUCAGGGGCUGGACCGGCGCGGGCAAUGAGUGGAAUGAGCCGCCAACAUGGUGGGAGUACUACUCCCCGCCAGAUGCACUCGCCAGCCGACUCCACCCGUCGCUGAUUGAAUUCCUCAAGCGCGCGUACCAUGUGUCGCGUGAUGCGUUUAAGCAUGACAGCAAAUGGAAGAACCUCUUUUUCUUCAUUAGAUGUCUCGCUGUGCCAAAGGAUAUCGUGUCGCUUCUAGACCGUGAUAUGACUGGACCCGACAGGUUUCUUUUACUCUAUAUCUCGAGUGGUUUCAUGUUGGGGGAUGAGCAGGGGAUCCUUUUUGACCAGCACACAUUCAAAGCCACCUAUAUCGUCCAUGUAGAUGACACCACAGACACAUGUUUGCAUGAAUGGGGCUGGAUGCCUCUCGAGGCGAUACUCGACAGCUACCUCCAGAUGGCCGAUGAAGGCAAAGUGUCUAUUGUCCGGGAUUUCUCCUAUGAAAUAAAUUCGGAUAACGAGGAUGAUGAGGAACCGUCAAUCGAGAAGCCCUGGAUGAUGAAUCCGUACUCCCAGACCGACGUCUCCAAAUCAGUGGCCUCUUUGCGCCGCCUGAUUACUGCAAUUGAGUCUCGGAUGGAGGAGGCCACCACCACCCCCACCACCAAGCCCGAGAUUCCCCUCCCGUGGCACGACCCUGUCACGCUAAACCAGGCUUUUAUCCCACCCGACUCUUUCGCGCAUGUGUUCCUGAGCGCAGUGUCAAAGUGGACAGUCCGCUUCCGCUACUUAGCGCCUGGGAUCCGGUUCCCGACUAUCGCUGAAUUCCUGGACCAAGGUGUUGGAGAACUCGAAUACCCGGGCGGAUGCUCGCUGCGCAUCUUCCAGAUGGACCCAGAAGAAGGGCAAGGAGGAACAGGGAGCCAGAAUAUGCGGACCCGUGGCCUCUUCAUCGACAAUGUCGUCACCAGACACCCAGAGUACUUUGCAAACGGAAGCAGCCUGCGUCUUCCUUUUGCCAUUGGACGCAACAGGAAGGCUCGAAUGUCCAAUGGACAGUUGAUCAGGGUUAGGGAUCACGAUUCGCUGUAUCAGCAGGCAUGGCUUUCAAAUGGGAUCGAUCAUGGUCACUCUGUGCAAAUUCACAAGGUGUUGCAGAGCUGGGCGGAGCGUGUUGAGGAGGGGGACUGGGUCGUUGGUGAGGAUGGAGUGCAGGGCGGGAUUGGCAAGUUUAGGGAGGCGGAUACGGAGGAGCACUGGAGGAAGUAUUGGAUUCCGCCUUCUUGGUGAGUUAUCAUACAUCGCUGUGGUGCUGAAUGUGGAAUAUAAAGAUGGAUUGUCGUUGGGUGCCAUAUAUCAACAACGCCCCUGCAGGAUUUGAUCAAAAACGAAGCCUCCGCCCCGACCGGCUCUCCAAAUAAUUUAGCAAGGUCGCAUACCGAGAGAACAAUUCCGUAUCAUAUCCACGUUCCCCGCGAGUCCAGUCUCGAUUCUCAUUCCAAUAGUCGCACACGAGGGCAUUCAUGCGUCGCCGGAAAACAUCCAGCUGCCGCUGGAGCUUACGGUCCGACUCUAGAUUCUCGGGACGCAAGGCACGCCGUCCUUUUCCCUCCCGGCGUGGAUCCCAUCGAACGAGGUGAGGGCCCCUGAUUCCCUCGACCGACUUUGCAUCUAUCGAGUGGGUGUAUUAUUAGUAGGAGUUCGAUUCUUACGCAAAUGAUCAAUUCUCCAUACGGACUCCCGCAAUGAACGCAAUACCUUUCCACCCCGAGGAGCUGGAGCGGCGCUGCUUCAGGUCGCAGAGGGAGCUGGUUCUUUUCUUUGACUAUAUGACAAGCGCCGUUGCGGCCUACACUGAUCGAUACGGCCUCUGUGUGCGCCCACGCAAAUACCGCACUGAACUGUUCUCUCGGUAUGCGGUGCUCCUGAAUUAUUUGGAGCAGCGGACGGGGAGGAGGUUUGAAUCACCGGUGCCAGAAGAGUUCAGUAAGAAUGGGGCUUGUUGAGGGGGGUUAAGCCUCGUGGGAUAGAGCGCACUAUGAUAUUUGCUUCUCUACAGGAUGCGAAGCCCCUUGACUCUACUAUUCUGAUUCAUCGCAAAAGCAAGACUGGAAAAUCUAGGUAAUUCUAGAACUUCAAGCUUCACAUGACCUAUCACUUGGCCUAAUUUAAUUGCAUGAAGAUUUCACAUAUCAGGUGGUUCUUGGAUUAUAUUAUUACAUCUAUUAAUUAUCGUGAGUUGUUAGGACAUUGUCAGCACAUGAUAAUAUGAAUACUAGUUCUUAUGCACUAU